GCGGCUUCACGCGGGCCGUUUCCGCUUCCGCCCUAACGUUCCGUCUCCGUCAGUCGCAGCGAGUCUUCUCUAGGCCGCCGCGGCGGGGAGCGGAAGUUUCGGGCUGGAGCCGGGCCGGGCCGGGCGGCGCUGAGGCAUACGUGUUUUACAGAAUGAAGCUAAAUAUGUCGCUUAUCUGAAGGAGCCACAGUUGCUUGACAACAGCUUUGUGAGAACAUCAAUUCCAGAUUACCCAUUUACUGAGGAAUAACAUAGUGAAGAAGGUAAAAUUCAAAUAAUUGAAGUCAGCCUACCAGUGAAGAUGUCACUCUCUAAACGGGAAUUGGAUGAGCUGAAGCCAUGGAUCGAGAAGACAGUGAAGCGGGUCCUGGGUUUUUCAGAACCCACUGUGGUCACUGCAGCAUUGAACUGUGUUGGGAAGGGAAUGGACAAAAAGAAAGCAGCCGACCAUCUGAAGCCCUUUCUUGAUGAUUCCACUCUGCGGUUUGUCGACAAGCUCUUUGAAGCUGUAGAGGAGGGACGAAGCUCCAGGCACUCAAAAUCCAACAGUGACCGGAACCGAAAGAGAGAAUUGAAGGAUGUGUUUGGUGAUGAGACUGAGAUCUCCAAGGAGUCUUCUGGUGUUAAGAAGCGGCGUAUUCCACGUUUUGAGGAGGUAGAGGAGGAGCCGGAGGUUAUCCCAGGACCACCUUCAGAGAGUCCUGGAAUGCUGACCAAGCUACAGAUCAAACAGAUGAUGGAGGCAGCAACACGUCAGAUUGAGGAGAGGAAAAAGCAACUGAGUUUCAUCAGUCCUCCUGCACCCCAGCCAAAAACUCCCUCUUCAUCCCAGCCAGAACGUCUCCCCAUCGGCAAUACCAUCCAGCCUUCACAGGCAGCCACGUUUAUGAAUGAUGCUAUUGAGAAAGCCAGGAAAGCUGCUGAGCUGCAAGCCCGAAUCCAGGCUCAGCUGGCCUUGAAACCUGGGCUCAUUGGCAAUGCCAACAUGGUGGGGUUGGCCAACCUGCAUGCAAUGGGAAUUGCACCUCCGAAAGUAGAGCUAAAGGACCAGACAAAGCCUACCCCAUUGAUCCUGGACGAACAAGGCCGAACUGUUGAUGCAACUGGUAAAGAGAUUGAACUGACUCACCGUAUGCCAACCCUAAAAGCGAACAUCAGGGCUGUGAAGAGGGAGCAGUUUAAACAGCAGCUCAAAGAGAAACCUUCUGAAGACAUGGAAUCCAACACUUACUUUGACCCUCGGGUCUCCAUAGCCUCAUCCCAACGUCAGAAACGCACCUUUAAGUUCCAUGACAAAGGCAAAUUUGAAAAAAUUGCACAGAGGUUACGAACAAAGGCUCAACUAGAAAAGUUGCAGGCCGAGAUCUCUCAAGCUGCCAGAAAGACUGGGAUCCACACCUCUACCAAACUAGCUCUUAUUACUCCCAAGAAGGAGCUGAAAGAAGGGGAGAUCCCUGAGAUAGAGUGGUGGGAUUCGUAUAUCAUCCCUAAUGGCUUUGACCUUACAGCUGGAGUCUACUCUAAAAGAGACGACUACUUUGGGAUCACAAACCUUGUGGAACACCCAGCACAGCUAAGCCCACCAGUGGACAGUGACACACCAGUGACUCUGGGCGUUUAUCUGACUAAAAAAGAGCAGAAGAAGUUACGACGCCAGACGCGGAGAGAAGCACAGAAGGAACUGCAGGAGAAAGUCAGGCUGGGCCUAAUGCCGCCUCCUGAACCGAAAGUAAGAAUUUCUAACCUGAUGCGAGUACUGGGGACAGAAGCUGUUCAGGACCCGACAAAAGUGGAAGCUCACGUUAGAGCACAGAUGGCAAAGAGACAGAAAGCUCAUGAAGAGGCAAAUGCUGCACGAAAACUAACAGCGGAACAGAGAAAAGCAAAGAAGGUUAAAAAACUUAAAGAAGAUAUUUCACAGGGAGUGCAUAUAUCUGUGUACAGAGUCAGAAAUCUGGGCAACCCAGCAAAAAAAUUCAAAAUUGAAGCAAAUGCUGGGCAGCUGUACUUAACAGGAGUGGUGGUUUUACACAAAGACGUCAAUGUGGUGGUAGUAGAAGGAGGCCCAAAAGCACAGAAGAAAUUCAAACGUCUUAUGCUCCAUCGAAUCAAGUGGGACGAGCAGACAUCAAACACAAAGGGAGAUGAUGAUGAUGAAUCUGAUGAGGAGUCUGUUAAAAAGACAAACAAAUGCUCUCUGGUUUGGGAGGGUACAGCGAAGGAUCGCAGCUUUGGUGAAAUGAAAUUUAAGCAGUGCCCCACUGAAAACAUGGCACGGGAGCAUUUUAAAAAACACGGAGCUGAGCACUACUGGGACCUGGCUCUGAGCGAGUCCGUGUUGGAAUCCACAGACUGAGGGUGCUGCUGCCCCCAGCGUUCCCAUUGUUAAUUUGAGAACAAUACCUGGCUGAAAACUUGGACAGAACUCCCUUCCUCCCCUCAAAUCCCCACAGUACGUUGCAUAUGAUUAAAGAAAUAUUUUUAAAACAACAAUCACAGCUACACUGUUUUCUAGAUAAACCCAACUCUUGGAAAUUGUGGUGCAAAACCACUGGAAAGUGGUAUCCGCCAGAGAAUUUAGUUUUGAGGAGGUGGGAGGGACAGAGAAAAUUGUUUUCAGUAGUCUCUUUAGUCUUUCACAUACGGCUGUCUCAAGUGGAGGUACAAACACCUCCUUGCUUUGUCAGCUGUUCCAUAGAUGAAGUCUGACAUUGGACAAACUAUAUGGUGCACACAAUCAAAGCUUGCUCCUUUGGUGGGCAGGGAGGCAGUCUGGGAGCAGCCCCAAAUGGUCUGAGGAUGCAGUAUGGAGCAUUGGAAUUUGUAAAGCAGAGUAGGAGAUGGGGACUUAGCCCACAUCCUAUAUUUACAUAAUAAACUUUUUUAAAAGAAA